GAUUUUGACAAAAAUUAAACCCUGCAUGUCUUCAUCCUACGCUCUUCUCCUCCCCUAAAUCCACUCUCAGAAUUGAACAGUCCAUCCCAAUCUCACCUAUCCGAGAAUCCAACAUCGAAACAACCUAGACGGGCUUCAUACCCGCUUCGAAACGCGGGUGAGGCGACACUUCCGUGCUUCCUAGGUAACAACCGACUCCCUAAAGAAUGGGACCAACAAAGACUUGCUCAAACUUUAUCUCACAAGGUAACUGGGGUGCUUUGGGUAUUCACCUUCCAUAGCAGGGGGUAUUAUUGUUUACGAGAAAUAUAGGUGGCAAACUGUGGUUGGUGGAAUAAAACUAGUUAAAGUGGAAAAACCUUCCCCAGAGUGAUUCAGAGAAGAGACACCAACGUACGCCCGGCAACUUCAUCCAUGGCUCCGCCGCUGACCACCGAUUCUCCCCUCUCUCGCCGCAUCGUCCGUUCCUUCUUGGAUUUCCUCAGCUCCGUUGAACCGGGUGCUGGUGUUAAUGGUGAGGGUAUUCAGAUUGCGAGGGAAUGCCUGGAGGAGGCUUUCAAGCUCAACACUUCUCUUCCUGCUGAUGAUAAUCAUCGGAUUAAACCCGGCUCGUUAGUUGAAAUGUUCAGCUCACUGGAGAAGAACAAGGGGCAGGAGAAUGUGACGUGUCAUGGUCAGGGGUCAGUGGCAGUUCCUAGUGCAUCAGCUGCUCAGGAUGCCACUGGUGCCAAUGUUUCAAAGGCAUUGAAAUCUCUGGGUCAGGAUUCGACGGGUAAACAAAAUGAAUUAGGGGAGUCCAAAGAUGCUCUGUUUGGGCGAUUCUUUUCUGCACUUGAGACAGCUCGUUACUUUAUGCCCUUGCCAGAUGGCAGUGAUGAUCCAGUGAAAUUAGAGAAAGCAACUCAAGUUUUCCAUGAUGCUUUAAAUGAGAUGGAAAGAUCUGGAUGUGAGGAAUUCAGUCCUAAAUUCUUGGCUGAGACCUUGAAAUCCCAAGGUAAUAAGGCCAUGCAAUCAAAGCUGUAUACCAAGGCAAUUGAGUUGUAUGACUGUGCUAUUGCGCUUUGUGAAAAUAAUGCUGUUUACCACUGUAACAGGGCAGCUGCUUACACUCAGAUACACAAAUAUGCUGAAGCAAUCAGAGAUUGUCUUGUAUCUAUAGAGAUCGACCCAAACUACAGCAAGGCAUAUAGUCGUCUGGGAUUAGCUUUUUAUGCAGUAGGUAGCUACCGUGAGGCUAUUGAUCAGGGAUUUAAGAUGGCCUUGCAAUUGGAUCCAAAUAAUGAAGCUGUCAAAGAAAAUAUUCGGAUGGCUGAGCAGAAAUUGAUAGAGCAGCAACAACGAUCAAGAUCCCAUCAGAACACAAGUUCAUUUUCCUUCAGUAGUAGCAAUGGUUCAGCUUCAGAACACCACAAUCAAUCUACAGGUGGGUCAAGAAGCCAGGGUGCACCUCCUCCGUUUGGUUCUAUGCCAUUCAAUACAGGUUCUGGUACUGCUGAUUUUGCAAAUAUGUUUAUGAACAUGGCUGGAAAUGCAUACCAAGGACAGCAUUCUCAAGAUAGCCAAGGUGAUCACCAUAGCAGCAAUGGUAAUGGAGAUGAUGAACCGGAAAUAAGGGUUGAUGGCAACGUGAAUGUUGAUUUUGGAGAAAUGCCUGCAGAACUAUCAGGAGCUCUAAGAUCUGUGAUGCAAAUGUUGUCUGGGGUAGCAUCCAAUGGAAAUGCGCAUGAUACCCCAAACGAAGGACCAACAAGACCAAACUAAACUAAUGAAACAUCAAACUUGUCAGGAACUCUAAAUCUUUCUCACCACCAUUGUGCAUCGUAGUCAGUGGUUUCUUUUCUUCUUCUAUGACAAGUUUCUCUUAGUUGUACACACAGGCAUCAACAUCAGGAAAUGAAAGUAAACAGCUAACUUUAUAUAUUAGACUUUCUAUCAAAAGUUAGUUUGCAGGAUAUUUGGUCCCUUUGUCUGUUGGUUGAUAAAAGUCAUUUUUCUCUAAGUUAUACAAAAACGAAAACCCUUCCUAUUCA